CGAUAGAAAGACUUGUGUCAACGAUAGGGGAAUGGCCGGUUUAUCGAUUACGAGUUUCAAAGUCCGUCUCGUGUAUGAACCUUUGUGUUUAGAGGCAAAAUGAAUUUUGCGAAAUCUUGGAGCGAAUUUAAAGAAAUACUUCGCAGACACGAAGUAGAAACUGUAACAAAAUAUGUUUACUACUAUGGAAAGUCAUUCGAUAAAGAGAUUGAACUAACUCCAGAUUUACGAUUAAACUGGUUAGAUGAUAUUCCCUAUUUCCACUUUGGGCGAAAAACCUAUGUUUGCCAUCAAGGAAAAGAUCUGAAUAAACGUCAAAAGGAAAAUUAUGCUAAAGAAAAAAAUGAAAAGUGUCAAACUGAUCAUGCUUUUGGUAAAGCAUAUUCCAAGAACCAGACAACUAAAAAAGUUAAUUGUCCAGCUGUAAUUAAUGUUACCCGAAUGUACAGGAUGCCUCAGUUCAAGGUAGUGCCAACCCGAAAAAGAAAGAUUAUGAUAUCUCGGAAAAUUAAGGAAAAACUAGCCAAUAAAGAUAGUAUUGCUGGUGAAGAAGUUUUCAUGUUUAAUUUACCUAAUAGCCAAGAUCAUCAAAAUCAUCUAAUGGGUAACAUGGCUGCAGUAAUAGAACCUAUAGAUGCUAGAGUGCGGCAUUUCAUAGCUUCUAAAGUUAAGAAUGGAAAAUGCAAUGCCACUGUAAUUGCAGAGCUAUUAGAAGUAUACGUUUCAACUGAAUUGGGAGAAACUGAUAAAACGCGCAGACGACCAGAAAAAAUAAGAAAUAAUAUUAUUAUAAAAAUACUGUUACUGUACUUAAGUGUAUAA